GUACCUGCUGUAACACCAGCAUACUGCCCUCUUUGAUUCAUAAAUACGUUUCCAUCAUACAUCAAACACCGAAGACUGUUUCUGACAUCAAAUGGUCAAACAAGGUUUCCAGUUCGUUCAGUUUGUACCUCCGAUGUGAAAAACCGAACUCCAGGAUGAACGAGCUUCCUGUAGGAGAUAAAGCUGCUUCACGCAGAGUAAACCACUGGGUGGAUCCGUCGUUCAUUGAUUUGCCAGAGGGAAGCAUUUCUCUAUCUGGAAGGAGAAAGGACAGACCGGUUUUGUGCUCCAAGGCUGAGCUGAAGAGGCCCAGGAAGAGGAAAGGAGAGACCAGCAACUGUCACCUGCUUAAAGAGUCAGCCCAAAGGGGCCAGGAUGAGCCCUGGGUGGACAGAUACUCACCCUGUUCACAGGCUGAACUAGCUGUCCACAAGAGGAAGAUUGAGGAAGUUGAGACCUGGAUCAAAGUUCACACAAGCAUAUCAAAGGGUGGCAUUUUGCUCCUGACGGGACCAUCAGGGUGUGGAAAGACUGCCACAGUCCAGGUUUUGUCUCUGGAGCUGGGCCUCAGAAUUCAGGAAUGGACCAACCCCACAAACCUAGAACCAUACAGCAACAGUCAGUGUGAACUGAGGGUGAGCAACUUCUCCUGCAGUUCCCAGUUAUCACAGUUUCAGGAGUUUCUCCUUAGAGCCAACAAAUACAACUGCCUGAAGAUGGCAGGUGAUGGAGGAACUACAGACAUGAAGCUCAUAUUGGUGGAGGAUUUUCCAAACCAGUUUUACAGGCAGCCUGGCAGCCUGCAUGAUAUUCUCCGGCGCUUUGUGAAGACCAGCCGUUGUCCCCUGGUUUUCAUAGUGUCAGACAGUCUGAGUGGAGACAGCAGCUCACGCUUUCUUUUUCCUAAAGAGAUCCAGGAGGAACUGGACAUCAGCAGCAUCAGCUUUAAUCCGGUGGCUCCAACAACGAUGUUGAAGGUCCUGACUUGCAUUUCAACCUUGGAAGCAAAAAAGAGUUGUGGAAGGAUGCGUGUCCCAGAACAGGCAUUGUUGGAAAUGCUGUGCUCAGGAAGCUCAGGAGAUAUUCGCAGUGCCAUCAACAGCCUCCAGUUUUCCUCCCUUGCAGACACAUUACUGGAACAGGGGUUGUGGAGGACGAAGAAGGACAGACCUGUUAUGUCGAAAGCCAGAGUUGUUUCCAGAUCCAACCAAAGGAAGAAAAAGUCCAAACAGCCAAAAGAGCACGAAGAGGAGCAGGCCAUUGGAGGGAAAGAUGCUUCUCUGUUCCUGUUCAGAGCGCUGGGAAAGAUCCUGCACUGCAAACGAGGGAUUUAUGAAGAUGCUGAAGUAUCAGAAGGUGCCCCAGAAGCUGGUCUACCAUCUCACCUGUCACAUCAUUACAGAGAACCAUUAUUAGUAGACCCUGAGUUGGUUGUUGAGCGUUCACACAUGUCUGGAGAGUUCUUCAGCCUGUACCUCCACCAGAACUACUUGGACUUCUUCUCUGAGGUGGAGGAUGUGCACAGAGCCAGCGAGUAUCUGUCUGAUGCUGACCUCCUCACUUCUGAUUGGAUGAGUCGAGAUACCAUGGGGAAUUAUGGGUGUUCAGUGGCUACCAGAGGGCUACUUCACUCAAACUCCCAACAAGUUUAUGUUGGUUUCAGACCACUGCACAAACCCAACUGGUGGCUGGUCAACAAGAAGCAUCGGGAGAACUGCCUGGCUGCCCAGUCCCUGUUCAGGAGCUUCUGCCUAACACCAAUCAGCCUGCAGACUGAACUGCUGCCAUACCUGGCCAAGCUCACCAACCCUAUGAGUAGUCAAGCUCAGAUAACGUUUAUCCAGGAUGUGGGUCAGAUGGUAUUGAGGAGAUUCCCUGGCAGAUUAAAACUGGAGACUCUGACAGACAAAGAGCCUGGCAAGCUGGAGAGAGACAGUGAGGAGGAGGAAAAAGAAGAAAGCCACUGUGGAGUUGAAGAAGUUCUGCCAGACAGCCAGCCACAACCUGUUACAAACCAAGUGCUUCUGAUGGAUGAGAACCUGAUCAUAGAGGAAUAUGACAGCGACUAACAUGCACAGCUUUUUUGUUGCAAAGAUAUUUUUGUAGACUUCAGUUAUGGGUUAGUGCCAUGUGAAAUAACAAAAUGAGUUCUAAAAGUAAUUUUGCACGUGAGGAAAAAGAUUUUUCAGAAUUCAGAAAUCUUUGUGAAUUCUUUGCUGCUGUAAAAUUUAUUCCAGAACUCAAAUAAUUCUUCAUAAGGCCCUGAGCCUGGUAUGAUAGUUCUGGUUUUACCAGUAUUUUGGCCUCAUAGGGGAAUCAUUAAUAGGGUUUUUUUUUUUCAAACAAGCUAAUUGUCUCAAAUAACCUGACCUGAAGUAAUUCUGCACAAAAAUACGAAUCUCCCAAAGUGACUCUAGCAUCUUGGUUCUACAAGUUAUUUAUAUUUGUGCACGUACAGCACUUGCUUUUUGUACUUCACAUCUUUUUGUUUUCCUUACUGACUGUGAGCCUGGAGUAUGGAGAGCUGUCCAGGAACAAGCACAGCGUUUCUCAUGGAUGAAAAAAAAAAAAAAGAAAUGUUACAUAAUAAUAUUGCGUUAAAUGCUUAUUCACUGAUAUGUUAGAAAUCUAAAUAAGCAUGUGAUUGAAUAAAAUGACGUGUGAAAAACUGA